CUGAUGAAAUCAGAGCUACUGUGAUUGACCAUGUUCUUGUCCAUGGUAGAGCAUGAGGGAGGCUGGACAAAGGGUACAACCAAACAUCAGUAGAUUCACUGUGUCCACCAUAAUCUGAAGAUUUAGAGAAGAGAACAGAAUUGAAAGACUGCCACAUGGGGGUGGGAGGACAGGUAUGUUCUCCCCACACCAAGAGACCCUAAUUGUUGAUAUGGUCCGUGAGAACAAUGCCAUUACUGUAAACUGAGUGAAAUUCAGCAGAAGAUCAUUGAGGAUCAUGUAAAUUUUGAGGGUAUCAACAGUGUCAGCCUCUACUGUUGAUCGUGUCCUCAAGCGCAACAGACUGCACAUGAAACAGCUAUACAGAGUGCCCUUUGAUCGCAACUCAGACAGAGUCAAAGAGCAAAGAUUCCAGUAUGUACAGGUUGGCAUAUAUCCAGACACAUUCAAUGUUGAUUACUCUUAGUGAUUUACUGUAGUGGCCUAAAUCACUUUCCGUAUCACUUACAAAACUAUAUCUAUUUCUACUGAGGGUUUUUCAACUGGAUGCAAUGGAAAGACCCCAUGAAUACAUCUACAUGGAUGAAGCUGGGUUUACAUAAUCUCACGAAAAGGAGAAAGAGAGGCCGUAAUGUGAUUGGCCAUCAGGCCAUUGUUGGUGUUCCUGGGCAGCGUGGUGGCAAUGUCACAUUAUGUGCUGCCAUCAGCAAUCAUGGGGCUGUCCACCAUCAUGCCAACCUGGGGCCCUACAACACUCACCAGCUCCUCAUUUCCCUCAAUCACAUGCGAGAUGCUCUGUUAGGGCAGCAGGAUGAGCAUCCCAUCUAUGUUGUUGUUUGGGACAAUGUGAGUUUUUACAGAGCCCUCCAGGUUAGAGAGUGGUUCAAUAUGAACCAAGGUUUUAUCAAUCUUUGCCUUCCACCGUACUCCCCUUUCCUAAACCCCAUUGAGGAAUUCUUCUCAUGGCGGUGGAAGGUAUAUGAACGCCAACCUUACACCAGGGUAAAUCUCCUGCAAGCCAUGGGACUUGCCUGUGGUGACAUAGGUGUGGAGGCAUGCCAAGCCUGGAUACGGCAUGCCAGGGGUUUUUUACCCCAUUGCCUGGCCAGACAAAAUGUGGCCUGUGAUGUGGAUGAAGUCCUGUGGCCUGACCCAGUACGGAGACAUGACGCUGUGGCUGAGUAAUGCACUUAUUUGUAUAUUUUUGUACUUUAUUUUUACAUGGGCAUACUGUACACAAGUGGCUACGUGUAAAUGCACAAGAUUUCUGUUUUGUCUUUUUGUACACGUGCUAAAUGCACAGGUUUUUUUUGUUUUGCAACAUGCAUUUAGCCUGAACAAUAAACAUUUAUUUCUCCAGCUUCAUGUCCUGAGCAUUGUGUUUUCUACUUUUCUACGUAGUGUUUAGUGACUGUUCAGUAGUGUUUUUAAUUUUGAUUGACUCUGGGCACGAUUUGACAACAUAGUUCAGUUUUGAGCACAGAUUGAACUGUUUUGAGGUGAAAGUUUGGUUUUGCAAGAAGAGCCUGAGGUUUUGUGAAUGUAACUUGAAAAUUGGGUUUUGUGCUCACAGUUUAGAGAAAAGGAGAGCAGCUUUCAAGAAAUGUG